CAAAAUGGCCAAUCAAAGUAUCAAUCUUUCUCCCCAAACCCUUCUCAUCAUGACCCUAAUUUCUCUUCUCACCAUCAACAGAUCUUUCCAUGGAACUGGAGCUCAAGAAACAGGCAAGGCCCUAAUCGAAUCGACCUGCAAGAAAACACAGUACCCUGAAGAAUGCAUCUCAGCUUUGGAGUCAGACCCCAGCAGCUUCAAUGCAAACUUAACGGGCUUGACCAGGAUUGCUGUGCAGAAAUCAGAAUCCAAACUGAUUGAAACCUUGAACAUUGUCAACAAGUUCGUGUUGAACGAGACGGAUUAUCUGACAUGGGGAUUCCUCGUCUUCUGUCGGGAUUCUUACAAUGCCAGUGUUCCUCAAAUCCAGGCAGGCCUGCAGGCUUUCGAUAAGCUCGAGUUCGAGAAAUCGUAUCGGAGUGUCGAGGCCGUCAAUAAAGCUGUCGUCGAGUGUGAUAAACAGGGAUUGAAGAUGAUAUCGCAAGUUAAUAGUGGGCUGUUUAGGCUCACCAAGGAUGCUACGAGCAUCCUGGACCUCCUUUUCUAAU